UUCAGCUUUGAUCGGGGGAAGCUCUCAGCGAACUCCCGUCUGAAUCUUGAUUCUUCGUUGUGUGCCCUUUGGAUGUCCAGAUCUUGAGCUCCAGCUUGAUUCGUACAAUCUUCUACUCUCCGCAACGACCAAUUGUUCCCCAGACCAAAUGGAUUCACCACUGAUCGAGGUCUGGCACGCCGCGUCUGGCAGCCCGUUUCUCCCCACUGUUGGCAAAGGCACACAGUUCUUCGUUGCUUCCCUCCUCCUCCUCAUCGGCUUUAGUUUGACUGGCGCUUUUACCCUCAACCGGUCCAUCGUCAAUCUACUUCUCUUGGGCAUCCCGGCUUCUUUGGCCUUUGCAUCUUGGGCAUCACUUGCCAGCAACAUGUCACAACCGACUCAAGACGCCGGCCCUCCCUUGUUCAGGGCAGUCGCCAGCUCCACGCGCCCGCUCUACCAGCUACUGAAAGCAGUCGGCUUUACCAACAAGAUCCACGUCGAAAUCACACCCGAGGGCCUCAGAUUCAGCGCCGAUCAUGCCCGCGUAAUGCAAGGCGCCGCCCACUGGAACAAGAACCUCUUCGCCGGCUACACCACCAACCUCCCGCCAGCUGCGGGCAAUGGCGAUGACGACGACCCUGAACCCGAGCCCGUCUCCUUCCAAAUCUCUCUCCCCGCCUUUCUCGAGACCCUCCAAAUCUUCGGCGUCGCCGACGUCGCCGCCCGCCAAGCCCGCUCCGACAUCGACCCUCUCGUGCGCGGCAACCCGCGCAUGAACCACCAGCACCGCGGCGGUAAUGGUUCAGACGCCUUCAGCCACCAAACCUUGCACGGCGGCGGGUUCGCCUCCUCUUCCAACGGCACCUGCAUCCUCAGCUACCCCUCCGAUGGCGGGCCCUUCAGCAUCAUUCUCGAAGAAGCCGGGGUCAAGACGACCUGCAAUUUGACCACCUACCUACCCGAGAUGCCGGAGGACAUACCCUUUGAUAUUGACGACCUCUCCUUCAAGGUGAUUAUGCAAGCGCGCUACUUGUUCGACGCGUUGGCGGAGGUGGGCAGCAUCAACCCGGAGCGGCUGACGAUCGUGGUCUCGCGCAAGGAGCCGUAUCUGCGGUUCAGAACGUCCGGAAGCCACAGUGGUGCGGGAGGGCCGGGGGUGGAGAGCACGGUGGAUUUUAGGCGUGGAAGGGAUCUGUUGGAGACAUUCUCGGUCAGGGCGGUGGAACGGGCUAAAGGAGAGAGGAGAUGGAGCCAGACAUUCAAGUUUGACACGAUCAAGGCGGCGACAGAGGCAAUGAGGAUUGCGAGUAAGGUCAGCUUGAGGGGCGAUGGGCAGGGUGUGUUGAGCAUGCAGUUUAUGGUGGAGGUGGAAGGUGCUGGGGGUGCGGGCGGGGGUGUCCCGGGAGGAGGAGCUGGUUUGAGUUUCUUGGAUUUUCGGUUUGUACCGUAUGCGACGGAUGGGGAUGAGGAGACCGAUACUGAAGGGGAGGGUGAUGAUGUUGACAUGAGUGAGGCAUGAGGUUCGUAGAUAAGAAGUGUCAGUGAUGCGUGGUGAUACUCAAAUCAAGGUUAUACCUAUGUACUUGGUGGAGCGUUAGCAAUUGUCGCAGGAUCUAGUAGUUUAUAUCAGUUGCGCAUCGGAAGCACCCCCCCUUAUGUAUCUCGCGACGGUUUUUUGCGAAAGGUGAACACGCAUCUCUGACAGUGGUAUUAUCCGAAGCGAUUAUACCCCCUAAUGAACAUAUGGUGGGUGAUUAAGGAGUCAGGUCAACCUCGGGUAAAUGUGGACCAGACGAAUGGAUGUCUCCUGUCGUUGAUG